AAGUUCAGUUGCAUUUUUUACACAGUUGCUGGAACACCUUAUGUACGUGUUCUUUUCUUUGCUAAUGAUAACAAAAGUGAAACCAUUUCGAGAGCCGGAGUAUCGGUGAUAAAAUGCAAUAACAAAUAUAAAAAAUUGUUAUGUUAACAAGUUUGCUUGUUGAUACUCAGUGUGCCAACAAGUAUUGCUAGUGGUAAAGCAACUUGAAGCAGUUUGAGUUGCAGUCAUAAACUAGUUUCGAAAUUUUGACUACGUGGUUCGUUGGUUUAAUUAAAAGCGUUAGCUCUUUCAUUACUUAUCUUAAAACGAAUUAAAAUUGUUUUAACUAAUUUUAGUGUUUUGCUAAUCUAAACACAAUAAUCUUAUAAUAUAGCUGUGAUUAUGCACAAAGGGCAAAGCUUGCAAAGCUAUACAGACUUUGAACAACACAAUAACGCUGAUCAAAGUAACGCAAUGCAGUUUGUAACACGACGUGCCGUCUUCAAUUUGACCAAAAACGCACUACAAACGUCGUUGAAGGCAGGCUUACCCACCGCAAACGUUGCCGCUCAACAAAAUGUGCUUGAUAAACGUUUUAUUGCCACAACUGAUGGUCCACAGAAACAAAAUUUACUACGUUAUCCAGCAUUUCCGCUGAAAGAUACUUUGGAUAAGUUCUUGAAAACUGUCGAACCGCUUUUAAACGCCUGUGAGUUGGUCGAAACGAAGGAAGCCAUUAAAAAGUUCCAAGCUGGUGAAGGCGCUGAAUUGCAAGCGCUCUUAGAGAAGGCCGCUGCAUGUGAAACAAAUUGGUUAGCGCGCCGCUGGUUGCAAACAGCUUAUCUACAAUAUCGUGACCCAGUCACCGUCUACGUCAGUCCAGGCAUGUCUUUUCCACGACAAAAAUUCGAAAACGAAGAUGAAUUUUUAAAUUAUGCCGUCAAAGUGAUAUAUAGUUUGGCACGUUACAAGCAAAUUAUUGAUGCUGGUCAAGUGCCAAUUGUGAAGAUGGGUAAAUAUGAAUUGGAUAAUUCGCAAUUUAGCAAAGUUUACGGUACCUGCCGUAUACCACAAAAGGGAGAAGACACAUUGGAAUACAAUCCAAAGUCGACACAUGUGGUGGUGUUAUAUAAAAAUCAUUUUUACAAACUGCCAAUCUACAACAAUAAAGGCGUGGUACUACAUACCGAUGUGUUGCUGGCGCAAAUUAAAAAAAUUAUUGCCACUGAAAAGAAAAAAGGCAUCGAAUUUGGCAUAUUAACAACGGAUAAUCGUGAUAAUUGGGCGCAGGCUUAUGAGGAACUGAUAAAAAUCGAAGGUAAUAAGGAGCAUGUCAAAACUAUACAAAGUGCCUUAUUUACGGUAUCGCUGGAUGAGUGUUUUGACGUUAAAGAUGAUCAGUUUUUCAAUGAGCUAAGUGGCCAACUAAUACAUGGCGGUGGAUCUAACGCAAAUAGCGCCAAUCGUUGGAUGGAUAAAACUAUACAAUUGAUACUAAAUCGCAAUGGUAUAAGUGGCUUUUGUUAUGAGCAUUCACCAGCUGAAGGGCAACCAAUUGCCAAUAUCACUGAUUAUGUAUCGCAAAAUUUAUGCAAUGAUAAGCACUAUGAAGGCAGCGCCCGUGAUAACUAUCCAUGUGCCGCGAAGCUUAAGCUGAAAAGCAACAACACUUUGAACCGUUAUAUUGAAAAAGCGAAGAAAAAUGUUAAUGAAUUGGCUGAGAAUUUGCAUGUAAAUGUUUUGCAUUUCCAAGACUACGGCAAAGGUUUCCUGAAGCAGCAAAAACUAAGCCCUGACAGCUACAUACAAAUCGCCUUGCAAUAUGCCUACUACAAGCUACAUAAAGUGCCCGCUGCGCAAUAUGAGUCCGCACAUUUGCGUAUUUACAUAAAUGGACGCACCGAGACUAUACGUUCGUGCUCCAACGAAUCGGUAGCGUUUGCCAAAGCCAUGCUGGACGAAUGCGUCGAUGAUAAGAAACGUGUCGAGCUGUUGCGUGCCGCUAUUAACAGUCAUCGUGCUUACACAACGAAUGCGUUGCAGGGUAAAGGUGUUGACCGGCAUUUGUUGGGCUUGAAACUGAUGGCCAUUGAGAAUAAGAAACCAGUGCCGGAAUUCUUCAAGUCACCCGGUUAUGUGAAGAGCUUAAUCUUUCGCGUGUCGACAUCACAAGUGGCCACACCUAAUUUGGGUUUUAUGUCUUACGGCCCGGCUGUGGACGAUGGUUAUGCCUGCUGUUAUAAUCCACGUGAGAAUGAUAUGAUUUUGGCAUGCACAUGUUGGCGUAACAAUCAUACUACCGAUGUGGAUACAUUCACGUGUGUGCUGCGCGAAGUAUUGCUCGAAAUGCAAAAAUUAUUGGUAGGCCAAGGAUCUGCACCGGCUUCGAAAUUGUGAACUGUAAUCACAGCAAUUUGGUUUUGAGCGUAUACUCGGCGCGCUCAGUUAUUUUGUUAUACUGAAUUUAAGUGCCUUCAAGUUUACUAAAAAUUUAUUAUUAUACUUUUUUAUUUCAAUAAAAUAAUCACAAUGGAACUUUUGUUAAAAAGAA